AUGGCAUCCAUAUGCAUGCAAUCCGCAUGCCAGAUGCUAGAUAUGCUACCCGAUGGGGCGGAUAUGAACUGGCUCUACGGGGUUUCGCCCUGGUGGUGUGUCGUACACUACAUGAUGCAGUCCACUACUGUCCUCCUGGUCGAGCUCUUUGCACGAGGUCAACGGGGAUCCACCGAGGCCACCGGCCUCGCUAAGAAGGUCGAGAAGGCCAUCCGCUGGUUGCGAGCGAUGUCCAUUAACGAUUCAUCCUGA